AUGGGAUUUGAGGAAUUCGCACACACAACGUCGCAUAGACCACAUCCUCUAAGGAGCAUGUCUUCUAGAUUCGACGAUAUCAAAUCACAGGAAAACUCUCUAAGAAAUAUCGAUGCCACUCAUACUGCUGGUGAUGUGGACUUAUUGGCAGAAAUUGGUUAUAAACAGGAACUAAAGAGAACCUUCUCCACGUUCCAGGUUUUCGGUAUUGCAUACUCCAUCAUGGGACUACUACCAUCCAUUGCCUCCCUUACGGGCCUUGGUCUAAGCGCCGGACCAGCAGGUUUCCUUUGGGGGUGGUUUAGUUCGUGUGUCAUGAUUGUCUCUGUUGGUUUAUCAAUGGCAGAGCUGGCCUCGUCGAUUCCAACAUCGGGUGGUCUCUACUAUUGGACUUACUAUUAUUCUCCAGAGAGAUAUAGAGUCAUAUCUUCUUACUUUAUUGGCUUUUGUAAUGCAUUGGCUUUAUGUGCGGGUUUGGUGUCCAUUUGUUACGGUAACGCAGAAGAAAUCAUUGCAGCUGUUUAUCUCUCACAUGAAGGCUUUGAAAUUAAUAGGGGGAAAAUCUAUGGUGUCUUUGUUGGUUGCGUCAUCACACAAGCAUUUGCCACUUGUUUGUCCUCUAAACACAUUGCUUGGCUUCAAUCAACUUCUGCUAUUUGUAAUACCGGCUUGAUUCUGUUGUUCUUUAUUGCAGUUCCAAUUGGCCAAAAGGUAAAUAAUGGUGGAUUCAAUGAUGGUAAAUUCAUGUUUGGUAAAGUGGAGAAUUUCAGCGAUUGGCCAAUAGGUUUCCAGUUUGUCCUAUCGUUAUUCCCUGCUAUUUGGACUAUUGGUGCAUUUGAUUCGUGUGUUCAUAUGUCCGAAGAGGCUAAGAAUGCCUCUCAUGGUGUUCCAAUCGGUAUUAUCUCUUCAAUUUCCUUUUGUUCAAUGUUGGGAUUCUUCAUUAUUAUUGUUAUCAACGCCUGUGUUAGUAAAGAUUUGUUGGCUGUCAUUAACACCGAUAGUGGAUUCCCAUUAGCUCAACUAAUUUCAGACUCAAUGGGUAAGAGAUGGGCUGUCGCAUUUAUGUCAUUAAUUUCCUUCUGCCAGUGGCUAAUGGGUGCAUCCAUUUUAACUGCUCUAUCUAGACAAAUCUGGGCAUUUGCUAGAGAUGAUGGCUUGCCAUUCUCUUCAUACAUCAAGGUUGUCCACCCAACCUAUAAAGUUCCGUUCAGAGCUGUCAUCUUUGCUGCUUGCGUCUCCAUUGCCCUAGGAUGCUUGUGUCUUGCAGGUAGUACCGCUGCCAGUGCCCUCUUCUCCUUGACUAUCUCAGGUAAUUAUACCGCUUGGUGUGUCCCUGUCUUUUUAAGAUUGACUUUUGGUAAGUCGAGAUUUAAACCAGGUCCUUUCUACUUGGGUCCAACGUUGUCUGUUUUGAACGGUUGGAUCACAGUUUCCUGGGGGCUGUUUGUCUUUGUGGUUGCAAUGAUUCCAAGUACAAAAGUUGUUGACAAAACAAGCAUGAACUAUACUGUAGUGAUUACUUUUGGUGUCUGGAUUUUAUCAAUGAUUUACUUUUUUGUUUACAGAUACAAAGUGUAUCACGGUCCAAAGUCUAACUUGUCACCAGAGGAUGAAAUCAUUAGUGAACAUGAGAGUAUCAAUGAUGUUCAUGUUCAACCUCUCCCAAAAAACCUAGAAAAUUUUUCUGCUGCUUGA